UGCAUCUCGUGCCAUCUGAAGAUCUCGAAUGGACCCACUGAGCGCGAUCGCAUCCGUUGCGGGGAUCGCCACCGCUGCAGGUGAGGUUGCCAAAAUCCUUGGCCCGUACAUAACGGCAGCGAAGGACGCACCCAAGAUCGCGGCUCAACUCUCCUCGGAGGUUCUUGCGACGCAGACUAUCCUCUCCGCCCUAGAGCAACUUGCCAGCAACAUCUCCACCAGAAAUGUAAAAUAUGCGUCCCUAAUCCAGGUCGAUCAACUCAUCGCUGUGCUUACCGAUGGUGUCCUGAUAUUUUCCGAGCUCGUGGCAGUGUUACAGACACUCCCACCGCCCGAACCCAUAAGCCCGGGUGGGCGUUUAUGGUCGCCAAUACAAUGGGUUAGAAAGAAGAGUUCUUUAACUGCCAUAUUUACCAGGCUACAGGCAUUCAAGUUAUCUAUCAACAGUAUUCUGAACAUUCUCCAGAGUGAUUCCCAAGUCAGAGCAGAAAACAACCAGCAGCAGUUGAUAUCAACUAUGGAAAUACUCCUAGAACGCAACCAUGAUCUAUCUAAGAGAAUGAGGGACAUUGAGAGCAUUUUCAAUACGUCACAGCACCAAGCAACAUCCCAGUUUACAGCUGGUGCUGAUGGUCUGGCGCCGCAUACUGCAUCACCAAAACGCUCCUCUCUCGUCGAGUUUGAGUUUGAGCGUGACCUCAAAGCCUCUCAUGUUUACCGCCGAGCUAAGAGAGAUACCAUGGACUUUUCAGUACGCAGUUCUGUGGCCCGGACUCACGCGUGGUCUAUUUUCUCCGGAAUCAGUCUCAGUAACAUCUCUGAGAUCUCCGUUCUAGCUCUCCCGUUGUACGCAGAGGAUAUUGCCAAUCCACAGCAUUACGAUUUUGGACACGAAACUGUUCAGCCUAAACCGUUGUUUUCCCCAACUGUUUACACGAGAUCUAUCUACCAUGAGUGUGUUGAAGCGCAACUUCAGCUGUCUCAGUUUGAAUGGUUUGCUGAACUCCACCGGCAAGAAACUCAAAGGGGAACCGAGGACCAAACCCCCCUAUCAAUUCUUAUCGCCAUAUUUCGGCACGGGACUCCUCUGUUGAUGUUGUUUAAUCAACUCGACAACUCGCAACACGAGAGAUGGGAAAGUUUAAUCGCUUCGAGUCCAUCUGAAUCAGUGGCAAAGCUUGCGAUAGUCAAAUUCGUUCAGGCUUGCGUAAGCCGCUUGAGUUUCCAGCCAGCUGACUGCUUUACUGUAGCUGAUCUCAUGAGCAUUGACACAACAAACCACAUUAAGGUUAUCCGGCUAGUGCGGCUGCUUCUAGCGAGGCUCGAUGAGGCCGGUUUGAUUCAAGCCGUUCUCUUCGAAUUCACCCCCCAGGUCUUCACGGCAGAACCAAGUCCUGCAGGACUGGCUGUGGACGAAUUCCUCCGCGAUGAGCGACUCUACCUCACACGUCUGGAGAUCCUCCUCGAAACCGCCGAGCAGAUCAUAUCUUCUGGCACGCUCCCCGUUGACACAGUCAAACAAAUGUUUGCUCCAGUUGGUCCAUUAGUCGAUGUUCAAAGAAAAUUCUUGAUAAAGGCAGAGAUGUUGGUUCGGAAGCCAUACUUGCGCCAAACUUGGCUGUCGGGUUUUCAGGAAUGGUCACAGCAGUCAUCUGGCUAUUAUGCGGCUCUUAUCACGGCAGAGAAAGAAUCAAAAUCAACGCUCAGAACUGCGUUAUCAUCCGCGGAGAAUCAUGGCGAGCGUCGGGCAGUAUUAAACAAUGCGCUGGCAGUUUUAGGGCUCCCCUCCCGACAGCUCGAGAAAUACGAGGCCUUCCUACUGGUAUGGACACAGAUCUGACUUGCAUACGAAACUAACCACUUCCAGGAACUCGCUCAACAUGGACUCC